UUUUAUUUUUAUAUUUAAUUAUCGUAUUAUCAGUGGGCAUUCAUUUAUUCACGAUCGCAUAUAAGUCGGGAACUCGACUGGUUUGAAUUAGUCUUGUUUUGACAGUUGGAAGAGCAGCUUACGCAUAUUCGUCAUGUAUUUAAAGUCUUUGUUGGCGUUAUGCUCCAUCUGCUUUGCAGCUGCGUCUGCAUGCUCAGUAAGUGAAGCCGACUCUACUGGAGAAGUACCAUCGAUACUGAUUUUUGAUACAAUUAACGAGAAUUUCAAGAGAUUCGUAGAUUCAGUUUCAAAAUCAUUCCAUUUCCAAAAAUUUGAAAGGACUGGACGGGAUAUAGCUAAGCGAUUGGACGAAUGGGGUGAAAAUAUUAAGAAAGAGGCCGAAGCCUUAAAAGAUAAUGAAAAUGGUAAAAACUUGAUGGAAUCCGUUGACAAAUCCAUUGAAGAAGAAAAGCAAUCACCGAACUUAAAGGCUGUUAUUGAAAAAUAUAACAGAGGAGCAGAUCCAUUCUUAUCUAAAAUUGAAAAAAUAAAGGAAUCUGCGGAACCAAAGUUUCAAGAACUUUCCCAGAAAAUGCUCGAUGCAGUCACUAGCACAUUACAAGACAUCGCUGAGAUUUUCCAACAAGAAGUUAAACGAAUAAAUUGUAGCCUACACUAGUCUGCAUAAAAUAUUUAUAUGAUACAUUUCCAAAGAGAUCGAUGUACAAAAACAUUUUGGUGUAUCCAUUGUCAAACCACAUUUAGUUUUAUAUAUUAUAAUAGUUUUGUUGUGAAUGUGUUGGAGUUUCCAAGUGUAAUUU